AGUAUCAGUAGUAAAUAUAUAAAAACAAGAUGAAAUACGGACGUUUCAGAAUAGGACAAUGGGAUUUGUUAUUAAUUUUUGGGCAAAUUUUGUCCAUGCAAUUUUUCACUUAUUCCCUACUAGGAUUGGUAUUACUUUUGGUCAGUUAUGUCCUUGAUGAGAAUUUGGCGGUUUCUUCAUUUUUUAGAUACGACGUUCUUUGGCUAUCCAAAAUUCAUGGUAGAAUAAUCUUUUUCGUCUUUUUGACCACCUCCGUCCUAUCAACAUUGCUGUUAUGGGUGGUUGUGAAAAGAGCAAAGCUUUGUCUUGACUUCAGCUCCACUUUUCAUGGAUUUCAUUUAUUGAUCUGCUGGUGGUACAAUUCGUCAUUUCCAACACAUUUGUCUUGGUGGCUCUUAAAUAUUAUAACAUCUGCUAUAAUGUGCAUUGGCGGAGAAGUUUUAUGUCUAAAGUCAGAGCUUAAAAAGAUUCCUGUUGGCUAUAAUAAUCGAAAAUGCGAUGUAUAACGAAUUAUUUGAAUCCGAUUAUAUUUUUAUGUUUAUUAUAUUUAUUUAAUUUUAAUAUCGUUUAAAUUCUAUUGUUAUAAAUAAUAUUACUGAAACUGUCUUACAAAAUUGAUUCGAACCCGAAAAAUAAAAAACUAG